AUGCAUACGCUACCCGUUCCUUCGGCACUGCUCGUGCUAUCGUUGAAGCUCUUCGCAGAAGCCACGACAGGGCCCGAAAACCUCCCACGCCUUGAUGAGACAAGCGAAGCGGCCUCUUACCACGCGAAUGCUGGGAGCCUCAAAUAUGUCAACCCUUUCAUUGGCACUCAAGGCGGCGAUCCAAACGAUAAUGGCGGCAUGAUCCCAUCGGUUGCUCCUCCGUUCGCGAUGACGCGCUGGACGCCGCAAACACGCGAGAAUUACAUCUCCCAAGUGCCUUAUUCGAACUGGGACGAUCGAAUCCACGGUUUCCAAGCGACGCAUCAACCGGCGAUCUGGAUGGGUGAAAAUGGGCACGUUACACUUAUGCCAGGACUUGGCGAUGAGAUUCAGCCGCUCUUUCAAAAACGAGGACUGGCAUUCAAGAAGAGCGAUGAGAGUAGCACGCCAUAUGUCUAUGAAGUGAAGCUCGACGCGACGUCAGCAGGUGAAUUCGGAUGGAAUCUGACCGAGCAAGCAGCCGCUGAGCAGUUCGGAGACCAAUGCCCGCCUUGCCCGGGAGGAGCCGCCCCAGUAUCAGAUACCGUCAGAGAUGGGGCAAAUGGUCGCACGAGGAGGAGCUUGGAUAUCGAUGCUGGCGAUGUGCUGGGGAGAUACUCACCGAGGGCUUCCUCCAGCAAUUCUGGCUCGGCCGGUGGAAAGCAGAGCUCGAUUCAGGUAGCGAUGAGCGCGUCUGCGCACGUGGGCCAUUUGAGCAUCGACUUCGACAACGAAAACAAGCAGCGGCCAUCUGUAUUUAUCCAAGCAAGUCGGCUCAAUUGGACCGGCCACAUCGACAUCGAUGAAGCCCACCGCGAGAUUUCUGGCAGCAAUCCUCAAAGGCAUGAUUACGACCUAGGUCCGGAUCGCCCCAAGUCGUUCAACAUGUUCUUCGUCUCGCGGUUCUCUGUGCCUUUUGAGUCCUAUGGCGUUACCCAGGGCGGAAAAGUCCUAGAAGGAAAGACAACGAUAAACGGCAAAUUCGUUGGGGGCUAUGUUAAGUUUAACAGGGCUGUUCAACGCGUGGAAGUGCGGACGGGAGUGUCUUAUAUAAGUGUUGAUCAGGCUCGAAGGAAUCUCGACAUCGAGAUUCCCGAUGGCACAUCAUUCGAUACCACCGUCGAGAACGCAAAGGCAGCGUGGCUGGAGAAAUUAGGUCGCAUUACGGUGACAGGCGUGAACGAGACAGACUCAGAACACGACCAGCGGACCAUUUUCUACACAGCUCUAUUUCACGCGCUGCAGUAUCCCAGCGAUUUCUCUGAGCCCACUACAAUCGCCAGUGGCGGAACACGCCUAUUUUAUAGCGGUUAUACGGAUAGCGUCCACGCAGAGCAAGACUCAUACUAUCAAUCUUGGUCCAUUUGGGACACCUACCGAGCUGAGCAUUCUCUAUUAGCUCUCCUUGUACCAGAGCGCGUUGACUCAAUGAUGCGUACAUUGUUACGUAUAUUCGAUUGGACUGGGCGCCUGCCGCUGUGGGCCAACCUAGUUGAAACCAACAUAAUGAUCGCUACCAACGCAGACGUUGUACUUGCAAACGCGCUCAUUCGAGGUUUCCGAGGCUUCAAUGUUACAAACGCUUGGAAGGCUGUUCAAACUGAUGCCUAUAAACCUCCCGACAACGAUACCGAGCUUCUAUACUAUGACAGGGAACCAUUCACUCCUCGUGAAGCGCGCGCAGGUCUGACCAGCUAUCUUGAGCAUGGAUGGGUGGACAAUGACCAUUGGUCUGAAGCUGCAAGCCGAACGCUGGACUAUUCAUUCAAUGACUAUGCUUGUGCUGUUGUGGCUGCGCACUCGGGCAACAAUGGAUCUUAUACAGAACUCAUGGCGCGCUCGAAGAAUUACGCCAAGCUGUGGAAUUCAGAGACAGAAUUCAUGCAGACACGCAAUAACAAUGGCACGUUUGCCCUAGACAGCUGGGGAUGGACGGAAGGGGAUAAUUGGGUUUAUACAUUCGACGUGAUGCACGACGUUGAUGGGUUAGCAGCACUCUUUAAAGACGGGAAGAAGGGCAUGAAGUCCAAGCUCGAUGCACACUUUGGUGGAGGCCACAACAUGCAAAGUAAUGAACCAUCACAUCAUGUGCCAUAUCUGUACUCUGCGAUCGGAUAUGCCUCUAGCACGGCAGAGCAGGUGCGCAGUAUUGCUUGGGCCAACUAUAAUGCUACAGCAAGCGGAUUGAGUGGCAACGAAGACUUGGGACAGAUGAGCGCCUGGUAUAUCUUUUCAGCACUGGGAUUUUACCCAGUGAAUCCUGCAAGCGACGAGUAUAUCGUGGGGACGCCAUUUUUCGACGAGGUCACGAUAGUGUUACCAAAGGGCCCCUUGGGAGGAGGGCAGGCGCUGGUAAUUUCUGCACCUGGAGCAGGGACUGAGGGUAAAAGCUAUGUCAAGUCUCUCAAAGUAGACGGCAAGAGUAUACACCAGCCUGUGCUACUGCAUAGCGAGAUUGUAAAAGCUAGGAGGAUUGAGUUUGAGAUGAGUAGCCAGCCUACAUCUUGGGGGUCAAAGAUUGACCUGAGCUAG